ACUGAACCUUGUUUAGUCAAUCACGAGAAUCCGAGCGAGUAGUACGUACACACCCGACAUGGCCCACACCGACAACAUGACGACGGCCGAAUUCAAGACUCUGGACAAGGAUGUGCAGGAAUUGAUUGAGGCUGCCAUCGAUGCGAGGACACGAUCCUACUGCCCCUACAGCAAUUUCCCCGUUGGUGCUGCCAUCCGGACAACAUGUGGGCGCAUCUUCAAGGGAUGCAACAUCGAAUCCUGCACCAAAACACCCACAAUCUGUGCCGAAAGGACUGCUAUUGCGAAGGCCGUGAGUGAGGGCUACAAGGAGUUUGCAGCUGUUGCCGUGAUUGGGCAGCAGGAGAACGCCUUCACGACACCCUGUGGCGUGUGUCGUCAAUUUUUAUCGGAAUUCGCCGAUAAAGAUAUUCCCAUCUACGUUGCAAAACCCGCAGCGAUCACCGUGAUGGUCACUUCGCUCUUCCAAUUACUCCCAUAUCGCUUCACGUUGACGCCCUAGAGUUCAUCUCUAUGCAGACUUCCCCCUCCCUGCCCCAGAGAAGACACCAAAAACGUCCCAAAGAAUUAUUCCCAUUGGCACGUGAUUUUUUUUGUAUAACUUUUAUCACUCUGACGAUGCAAAUAAAUGGUUGUUGUAAGUUGAAAAAUAAA